UUUUUUUUCUUUUUUUUUUUCUUUUUUUUUUGGGUAAUGGAAAUAAUGCCCUAACGGACCAAAUGAUCAAUAUAAAAGGAAUUAUAUUCCCACUUAACAGUCCGCAGGAAACGCCCUUCUCCUCAUGGCCUGAGGUUCUUGCCAUCAUGCAUCCUCUCCAACACAUAAUCCCCCAAUACUCUUCCCUGGUUGAAUCUUGUACGUCCACUAAGAAUCUAAACACCCUAAGAAAAAUCCACGCACAAAUCGUGACCGUGGGAAUCUCCCACCACGACUUCAUCAGAGCGAAGCUCGUGUCUUCCUACGCCGCUUGCUCACAGAUGCACGAAGCUGCCUUCAUCUUCUCCCGCACAAACCGUCAAUCCACCUUCCUCUACAACUCCAUGAUCAGAGGAUACGCUUCUCUCAACCUCUUCCGUCAAGCCCUCGCCGUCUACCGUCAUAUGCUCCUCGCCGGCAACCAACACGACCGGCGUACAUUUCCCUCCGUCCUCAAAUGCUGCGCCGGCCUCUCCGCACUCCACCUCGGUUGCCAGGUACACGUGGCCGUCUUAGCCCACAGCUUCACCGACGACUUGGCUACCUCCAACGCGUUAGUGACGAUGUACUCCAAGUGUGGUGACCUGAGGACCGCUCGCCAGGUGUUCGACGAAAUGACUGAGAGAAACUCGGUCACUUGGUCAGCAAUGAUAGCUGGGUACGGUAUGCACGGGCGAUCCACGGAAGCUGUGCGGCUGUUCGAGGAGAUGCUAUAUGUGGGCGAGUCGCCAGACGCAGUUACCUUCACAACGGUCUUGACGGCGUGCAGUCACGGAGGGUUGAUGGAGUUGGGACGGAGGUUGUUUGAGAUGAUGGAGGAAGGGAAGUUUGGGGUGGGGCCUGGGUUGGAGCAUUACACGUGUAUGAUAGAUAUGUUGGGUAGAGCUGGACAUGUGGAGGAGGCGGAGGCGUUGAUUGAGAGGAUGGUGGUGGAGCCCGACGAGGCAUUGUGGGGUGCGUUGUUGGGAGCAUGUAGGUUGCAUGGGAAGAUAGAGGUGGCUGAGAGGGUAGCCGAGAAAGUCUAUAGCAAAAGGCUCUGGAUAGCAUCUCAGUGAAUCAUUCAUGUCAUAUAUGGUGGAAAGCCCACCCCAAAAGCAUGAGUUGAGAGUACUGGCUUUUUAGAUUAACAAAUCUUGAUGGUAUGAUUAUUACUACUCUGGGUGAUUAUCUCUUGGAGGAAUCUCUAUUGAAGAAAGUACACGAGUUUCUUACUUGAAAGCUGAAGGGUUGGCACAUUAAGGAAGUUUGGAGUAAUUCUAAAGAAUUAGAACACCUAUUUAUUUACCAUACAUCCACAUCAUGGCCUUGUAGCAUUACCCCCGCCCCCUCUUCUUAGGUAUCUAUGACCUUUUCCCCGCCAUCUGUUUUUGGCUUAGGCCCAAAAAUGACGUAGUUGUUCUUUUGCUCAAUCAGCCCAACCUUUGUGUCAAUAUGUUAUUCAGGC